AUGGCAGGCUACGAUGCUGCAACGGGCGAACGACCGUCUCAGACGUCCGUCAAUCCUACACCGAAGUCUGUCAGAAUGUGGGACGUUUUCCGUCCGCACAUUCUGGACUGGGUCGUCUUCGUCCUCAUCACUGCGGGGUCCAUCGCCGUUGACGCCAUCCAUCCCUUCCAGCAAUUCGUUAACGCCGACUACAUGCAAAAGUACAUGUACCCGUUAAAGCCCGACUCGGUACCAUUUUGGGCCGUUCCGGUGUACGUGUUUGGGUUUCCAUUGCUGGCGUUGACCGUGUCGUUCAUCCUGCGCCGCGACUUCAUCGACUUCCACAGCUCGCUGCUCGGUUUCGUGUUCAACUGUGCGACCACCUUCCUGCUCACCAACGCACUCAAAGUCUCCAUUGGCCGGCCCCGGCCACACUUCUUCAUCGUCUGCUUCCCCUCGGGCGUGCCUGUGUACGGCAGCGAUGGCAACGCACAGUGCAACGGCUCGUCCUCCAGUGUCAUGGAGUCGAGAGUCAGCUUCCCCAGCGGCCACACCUCCAGUAUGGUGGUUGCAAGCAUCUGCUACUUCCUACACUACCCUGCACUGUCCAACCAGAACUGUGAUAUUCCGCUUUUGUCUCUCGGCCCAGAUGCGGAAUCCUGCCAGGUGAUCGCUCUGGGUCCUGCUGCCAUCGCUUUCCUUGUUCACUACGCCAUCCGCAGGGACAUCGUGGACAUUCACCACUCCGUGCUAGGCCUGCUCUUUGCCUUCUUCUCCACCAUUCUUAUCACUGAUGCUCUCAAGGUCUCUGUUGGCCGCCCCCGCCCCGAUUUCUUCAUCAGAUGCUUCCCCUCAGGGGUCCCUGUGUACAGCAGCAGUGGCAAUGCGUUGUGUAACGGCAAUCCGUCCAUUGUUAGCGAAGGAAGAAAGAGCUUUCCAAGUGGCCAUGCGUCAGUGUCCUUUUCAGGCCUGGCCUAUCUCUCUCUCUUUCUAGCAGCCAAGCUCCAUUCAAUCUCAUCCUCCUCCGCUCACCUCUGGCGCCUCCUGCCCCCUGCGCUGCCGCUGGUGGGGGGAAUUGCUGUUGGAAUCACGCGCAUCGAUGACUACUGGCACUUUCCUUUUGACGUCUUUGUUGGCAGUCUCAUCGGUGCGUGGUUGAUCAUGCCGUAA